CUCCGGACCCAUAGGGGGGCUGCGCUCGCGGCACCGCGGCAGCAGUCGGGGCAGGUGGGCCGCCGCCCAGGCUGAGGUGGCGCCCAAGACCCGGCUGAGCUCGCCCAGGGGGGGCGGCCGCAGGAAACAGCCGCCACCGCCACCGCCGGCCUCCGGCAGCAGCGCCAGCGGCCCGGGCCGGGGGGGCCGAGGAGGCGGGGGCGGCAGGACGGGGGGCGGGGGCGGCCACCUGGCCCGGACCACCCCGGCCCGCCGCUCCGUCAACAAAGUGGUGUACGAUGACCACGAGAGUGACGACGACGACGAGGAGGAGGACAUGGUCUCGGAGGAGGACGAGGAGGAGGAGGAGGAUGGCGACGCCGAGGAGACCCAGGAUUCGGAGGACGAGGAGGAAGAUGACAUGGAAGAAGACGACGAUGACUCCGAUUAUCCGGAGGAGAUGGAAGACGACGACGACGACGCUAGUUACUGCACGGAAAGCAGCUUCAGGAGCCAUAGUACAUACAGCAGCACUCCAGGUAGGCGAAAACCAAGAGUACAUCGGCCUCGUUCUCCAAUAUUAGAAGAAAAAGACAUCCCACCCCUUGAAUUUCCGAAGUCCUCUGAGGAUUUAAUGGUGCCUAAUGAGCAUAUAAUGAAUGUCAUUGCCAUUUAUGAGGUCGUGCGGAACUUUGGCAACGUUUUAAGGUUGUCCCCUUUUUGCUUUGAGGACUUCUGUGCAGCUCUGGUGAGCCAAGAGCAGUGCACACUCAUGGCGGAGAUGCAUGUAGCGCUUCUGAAAGCAGUUCUUCGUGAAGAGGACACGUCUAACACCACCUUUGGCCCUGCGGAUUUGAAAGACAGUGUGAACUCCACCCUGUAUUUCAUCGACGGGAUGACGUGGCCGGAGGUCCUGAGGGUCUACUGUGAGAGUGACAAGGAGUACCACCAUGUCCUUCCUUACCAGGAGGCAGAGGACUAUCCCUACGGACCAGUGGAGAACAAAAUCAAAGUUCUGCAGUUUCUAGUCGAUCAGUUCCUUACGACCAAUAUUGCUCGUGAGGAGCUUAUGUCUGAAGGGGUAAUCCAGUAUGAUGACCAUUGUAGGGUCUGUCACAAACUGGGGGAUCUGCUCUGCUGCGAGACGUGCUCAGCUGUGUACCAUUUAGAGUGUGUGAAGCCGCCUCUUGAAGAGGUGCCGGAGGACGAGUGGCAGUGUGAAGUCUGUGUGGCACACAAGGUGCCUGGUGUGACUGACUGUGUCGCUGAAGUCCAAAAGAACAAACCCUAUGUUCGACAUGAACCUAUUGGAUAUGACAGAAGCCGUAGGAAAUACUGGUUUUUAAACCGAAGACUCAUAAUAGAAGAAGACACAGAAAAUGAGAAUGAGAAGAAAGUUUGGUACUACAGCACAAAGGUCCAGCUUGCAGAAUUAAUAGACUGCCUAGACAAGGAUUACUGGGAAGCAGAACUGUGCAGAGUUCUAGAGGACAUUCGGGAGGAGAUGCAGCAGCAUAUGGAUGUAACUGAAGACCUGACCAACAAGGCUCGUGGCAGCAACAAGUCCUUCCUAGCGGCAGCUAACGAGGAAAUUUUGGACUCCUUAAGAAUCAAACGAGGGGAAGAUAUUGACUGUGAUCAGAGCCCAGAAGACCCAGAAAAGGACAAGCAUGAGGGUGAGAACGACAGCUCCAAGGAUGCUGAGAAGAGCAGGGAGGAGGCAGAGGACCCAUCCCCAGACAAGGAUGCUGACAGCAAAGGCCUGGAGGAAGAGCCCGGCCAUGGAAAACCUGAGGGUGAUUUCAGACUGGAGAAGUCCAAUGGAGAAGUUUCCGAGUCCCCUGGAGCUGGGAAAGGAACGUCUGGGUCCACUCGCAUCAUCACCAGACUGAGGAACCCGGAGAGCAAACUCAGUCAGCUCAAGAGCCAGCAGGUGGCAGCUGCAGCCCAUGAAGCAAAUAAAUUGUUUAAGGAGGGCAAAGAGGUGCUGGUGGUUAACUCCCAAGGAGAGGUGUCACGGCUGAGCACCAAAAAGGAGGUGGUCAUGAAAGGGAACAUCAACAAUUAUUUUAAGCUGGGACAAGAAGGGAAGUAUCGAGUCUACCACAAUCAGUACUCGACCAAUUCAUUUGCUCUGAAUAAGCACCAGCACAGAGAAGACCAUGAUAAGAGGAGGCAUCUUGCACAUAAAUUCUGUCUCACUCCAGCUGGGGAGUUCAAAUGGAACGGGUCUGUUCACGGGUCCAAAGUCCUUACCAUCUCAACCCUGAGACUCACCAUCACACAGCUAGAGAGCAACAUCCCUUCAUCCUUCCUUCACCCCAAUUGGGCUUCACACAGGGCUAAUUGGAUCAAGGCUGUUCAGAUGUGCAGUAAACCCAGAGAGUUUGCAUUGGCUCUCGCUAUUCUGGAGUGUGCAGUUAAGCCGGUUGUGAUGCUGCCAAUAUGGCGGGAGUCUUUAGGACAUACCCGGUUACAUAGGAUGACAUCAAUUGAAAGGGAAGAAAAGGAGAAAGUUAAAAAAAAGGAGAAAAAACAAGAGGAGGAGGAGACAAUGCAGCAGGCCACAUGGGUAAAAUACACAUUUCCAGUGAAACACCAGGUUUGGAAACAGAAAGGUGAGGAGUACCGAGUGACAGGGUAUGGCGGCUGGAGCUGGAUUAGUAAGACACACGUUUACAGAUUUCUUCCCAAGUUACCAGGCAACACGAAUGUAAACUACAGAAAGCCCUUUGAUGGAGCCAAAAAUAAUACAGAUGAAAAUAAGGAUGAGUCAGAGAAAAGAAAAAGUCUACGAAGUCCAAAAAAAAUGAAGACAGAAUGUGAUUCUGAACAAGAUGAAACAAGAGAAGCAGACACCACAGCUGGAGCUGCCGCAGGGGCAAUGGAGCUGUCUAAGGAACCUGAGAAAAAGGACCAAGAUGUAAAAGAACUUUUAGAUUCUGAUAAUGACAAAUCCUUCAAGGAAGAACCAAUGGAGAUCGAUGAUACCAUGAAAACAGAGUCACAUGUGAGCAGUCUGGAAAGUGCAGAGGUAGAUGUGGUCAAUGUUAGUGAGGGCUUCCAUCUAAGGACUAGUUACAAAAAGAAAACGAAAUCCUCUAAGUUGGACGGGCUUCUGGAACGGAGGAUUCGACAAUUUACACUGGAAGAAAAACAGCGCCUUGAGAAGUUAAAGCUGGAGAGUGGGGUGAAGGGGGUGGGCAAGCCCCCCACGGGUGCUCUAAAAAGCUCCUCUGAGUCUCCAGUCUCCACAAAAGCAAGUGAAGGGCAUCAGGGUGACUUGCUUAGACAGGAGCAAAGCCCCAGUCCGAGUCAGGCUAGCACUGUGGACUUGGGGCUGGGGGGCUCCCAGAGUGACCCCUUGGUUCUUGGCAUCGGCCCUCCUAGUCUCAGCACGCACAAACCUGAUCCAAAAGAUCAAGCAUCAGAUGAUAUCUCCAUUCAGAGUUCAGGGCCAAACUGUCAGAGCCAGAACUCUGGUGAAAGCAGCCUGGAUGCCAGGGUCUCGGAACAAAGUCAGACUAAAACACAAGUGACCGACUCUACAACUGAUGACUCUAAACCAACCAGUGCAGACGAUGUUGGCACUUCAAUCUAUAAGAGCAAGAAGCUGCUCUCACAGGACGAUAGCAGCACCGUUGUGUCUUCUUCCAAGAGUACUUUACCUGCAUCAGUACCUAAAAGUCCCCGUGACAGAGAUGCCCGGGCCUUCUCAAAAGCAAUGGACUUUGAUGGGAGACUGAAGGUGUCAGACUCUGACUAUAGUAGCACUUUGGAAAAUAGCUCUGAUACUAUGUGUAUUCGGGACAGUGCUGAAGAAGAUAUGGUUGUUCAGAACAGCAAUGAAGCCACCUCUAAACGGUUCAUAACUCCAGACCAAGAUGUAGAAAGUGUGGAGUCAACAAAAUGUCAGUUAGUUUCUAAGUCUACUGAAAAUUGUGAAGACAAACUACAGGGUAAGGUAACUGAAGCAAAUGGUAAGAAACUGGGCCAGCAUCAAAAGCCAGAGGAGAGAGCAGUUAACAGAUGUACUGACCAAGUCAGUUUAAGACAUGGCACUGACAGAAAGAACAGUGAACCUCGAGAGUCUGAAAAGAAAGGACAGAAAGCAAAUAAAUUUCAAAUAAAUGGCAAAGAUAGUAAAGCUAAGGGGUACCUGAAGGGGCCAGGCAUGAAGGAUGGCUCCGAUGGUAAAGUUGUGAGUAGUGCUGUAGAACCAAAGGUCAAUAACAUCAAUAAAGUCAUCCCUGGGAAUACCAAGUCACUGGCUGGGAAGGAAUCUGCUGCGAAGCCCUUCAUCAACGGUGACAUCAUUAUGGAAGAGUUGAGUGAACAAAACACUUCAGAAACCAACUCAUACUCACUGAGUUCUUCAGAUGCCAAAGGUAAUCACCAAGAUGGCCUCCAUACCCUACCAUCCACCAAAGAGUCUGCCAGUACCCAGGUAAUCAUGCCCCCAGCCCCUUGUCCAGAUCGGAACUCACUUAGUCAGGUGGAAGAUAUGGAAACUGAGAGUCCAGAGGUUAAGAAAGUUAUCCCGUCUCCUAUUAGGACUGGAAAGGACUCUAACCUUAGCAAGGGCUUCAUGGAUGACAACGGACUACCUUCCAGCAAAGAUGAGACUAUCAAUGGAGAAUCCCAAAGAAAGACAGUCAUCACAGAAGUCACCACAAUGACAUCUACUGUUGCCACAGAAUCAAAAACUGUCAUUAAGGUAGCAAAAGGCGACAAGCAGACUGUGGUUUCUUCCACAGAAAAUUGUGCCAGGUCCACAGUCACAACUACCACUACCACUGUGACAAAGCUCUCCACACCCUCCCCAGACGCUGGUGUGGACGCCAUCUCUGUAAAGGAGCAGAGUACAACCGUGGUCACCACGACAGUGACGGACUCCCUGACCACUGCAGGGAGCACACUGGUGACAUCUAUGACCGUGAGCAAAGAGUACUCCACGAGAGACAGGGUGAAACUGAUGAAGUUCUCACGACCCAAGAAGACCCGCUCAGGAACUGCCCUGCCGUCCUAUAGGAAGUUCAUUACCAAGAGCAGCAAAAAGAGCAUAUUUGUGUUACCUAAUGAUGACUUGAAAAAGCUGGCCAGAAAAGGAGGGAUCCGGGAAGUCCCUUACUUUAAUUAUAAUGCAAAACCUGCCUUGGAUAUAUGGCCAUAUCCUUCUCCUAGACCAACCUUUGGUAUCACAUGGAGGUAUAGACUUCAGACGGUAAAGUCCUUGGCGGGAGUGAGCCUGAUGUUACGGUUGCUGUGGGCCAGUUUGAGAUGGGAUGACAUGGCAGCCAAGGCUCCUCCAGGAGGAGGGUCUACACGGACAGAAACAUCUGAAACUGAAAUCACAACCACAGAGAUAAUUAAGAGGCGUGAUGUGGGCCCAUACGGCAUUCGUUCUGAGUAUUGUAUCAGGAAGAUCAUUUGCCCCAUUGGAGUUCCAGAAGCACCAAAAGAAACACCCACACCUCAGCGGAAGGGCCUUCGAUCAAGUGCACUUCGGCCAAAGAGACCAGAGACACCCAAGCAGACGGGCCCUGUUAUCAUUGAGAGCUGGGUAGCAGAAGAGGAGCUGGAGCUCUGGGAGAUCAGGGCUUUUGCUGAAAGAGUGGAGAAAGAAAAGGCUCAAGCAGUGGAGCAGCAGACCAAGAAACGUUUGGAGCAGCAGAAGCCUGCAGUCAUUGCAGCAUCCAACACGUCCCCAGCAAACAACACAAGCAGCACUGUCUCUCCAGCUCAGAAGGUGAUGGUGGCUCCCUUAAGUGGCUCGGUCACCCCUGGAACAAAGAUGGUGCUGGCCACAAAAGUUGGCUCUCCCGCCACAGUCACAUUCCAGCAAAACAAGAACUUCCAUCAAACUUUUGCCACAUGGGUGAAGCAAGGCCAGUCCAAUUCAGGUGUGGUCCAGGUACAGCAGAAGGUCCUGGGAAUCAUUCCAUCGACUACAGGUCCAAGCCAGCAAACCUUUACUUCAUUCCAGCCCAGGACUGCAACCGUCACAAUUAGACCCAAUACCUCAGCCUCUGCAGGAACCACUACCACGUCACAGGUGAUCACAGGGCCUCAGAUCCGCCCUGGCAUGACAGUGAUUAGGACACCACUCCCGCAGCCAGCACUGGGAAAGGCCAUCAUUCGAACCCCAGUGGUGGUGCAGCCAGGCACACCCCAACAAGUUGUAACUCAAAUCAUCCGAGGACAGCCUGUUUCCACUGCCAUCUCUGCUCCAAGUACAGCUUCUUCAGCACCUGUGCAAAAGGGCUUAACUCCAGGAGCAGCGGCUGGACCUCUGCAGCCUUCAGCCCCACACAGCCCUCGUCCUCAGCAAGGGCAAGUGAAGCUCACCAUGGCUCAGCUCACUCAGCUCACUCAGGGCCACGGGGGCAACCAAGGUUUGACAGUGGUGAUUCAAGGACAAGGGCAGACAACUGGACAGUUGCAGCUGAUACCUCAGGGCAUGACAGUCCUGCCAGGGCCGGGACAGCAGCUCAUGCAAGCCGCAAUGCCAAAUGGCACCGUUCAGCGGUUCCUCUUUACCCCACUAUCAACAUCAGCCACGGCCGCCAGCAGCAGCAGCAGCAGCAGCAGCAGCACUACUAAUGCUACAGCAGCAGGCUCAGGGGAACAAAAACAGAGUAAACUAUUACCCCAGAACCAGGUACAACCAGCAACAACCCUGGCACCAACUCAGUCAUCGAGUGUGACUCCAGCAGAAGCCCAGCCACAGCCUGCUCAGCCUGCAGUCCAGCCCCAGCCCCAGCCCCAGCCCCCAGCUCAGCCUGAAGUCCAGACCCAGCCAGCUGUCUCGUCCCCUGUCCCUACUGAGACACAGCCCUCCCAAGUACAGACAUCUAAACCCCUGGCUGCAACACAGUGUCAGCCUCAGAGCAGUGUACAAGGACAGUCUCCUGUUCGUGUCCAGAGCCCACCACUGACUCGAAUACGUCCAUCAACUCCAUCCCAAGUGACUCCUGGACAGCAACCCCAGGUUCAGACUACAGCCUCACAGCCGAUUCCAAUUCCACCCCCCACAUCUCUGCAGGCACCUUCCCAAGGCCAACCACAGUCACAGCCCCAGGUACAGUCUUCAACUCAAACUCUUUCAUCAGGACAGACAUUAAAUCAAGUUACUGUUCUAUCCCCAUCCUGUCCUCAGCCCCAAGUCAUUGCUGUGCCUCAGCUCCAGCAAGUCCAGGUUCUCUCUCAGAUCCAGUCGCAGGUUGUGGCUCAGAUUCAGGCUCAGCAAGGUGGUGUGCCCCAGCAAAUCAAACUGCAGUUGCCCAUUCAAGUUCAGCAAAACAGUGCUGCGCAGACUCAGAGUGUGGUCACAGUGCAGGCAGCCAGUGUGCAGGAGCAGUUGCAGAGGGUUCAGCAACUCAGGGAUCAGCAGCAAAAGAAGAAGCAGCAGAUAGAAAUUGAGCGUGAACACACCCUCCAAGCUUCUAACCAAAGUGAAAUCAUUCAGAAACAGGUGGUGAUGAAGCAUAAUGCUGUAAUAGAACAUUUAAAACAGAAAAAGACCAUGACUCCAGCUGAAAGAGAAGAAAAUCAAAGAAUGAUUGUCUGUAACCAGGUGAUGAAGUAUAUUCUGGAUAAGAUAGAUAAAGAAGAAAAACAGGCGGCCAAGAAACGCAAGCGGGAGGAGAGUGUGGAGCAGAAGCGGAGCAAACAGAAUGCCAGCAAGCUCUCUGCUCUGCUGUUCAAACACAAGGAGCAGCUCAAAGCCGAGAUCCUGAGAAAGAGAGCUCUCCUGGACAAAGAGCUGCAGAUCCAAGUGCAGGAAGAGCUGAAAAGAGACCUGAAAAUGAAGCGAGAGAGGGAGGUGGCCCAGGCGGUACAGGCCAGUGCUGCCGCAGUGCCCACACCCUCCGUGCCAGCCCCUGUGCCAGCGCCCGCACCGGCAGCCCUUCCCGCUCCUCCUCGUUCUCCGCCUCCCUCCACACACAGUCUGCUACCUGCAGGCCACUCCACAACCCCACUGCCUGUCGCUUCCCAGAAGAGGAAGCGGGAGGAGGAGAAGGACUCUAAGUCCAAGAAGAAGAAGAUGAUCUCCACCACCUCAAAGGAGGCCAAGAAGGACACCAGGCUAUAUUGCAUCUGCAAGACACCGUACGAUGAGUCCAAAUUUUAUAUUGGCUGUGAUCGGUGUCAGAAUUGGUACCACGGGCGCUGUGUUGGCAUCUUGCAAAGUGAGGCAGAUCUCAUUGAUGAGUAUGUCUGUCCACAGUGCCAGUCGACAGAGGACGCCAUGACAGUGCUCACACCACUGACAGAGAAAGAUUAUGAGGGCUUGAAGAGGGUGCUGCGCUCCUUACAGGCCCACAAGAUGGCGUGGCCUUUCCUUGAACCGGUAGACCCCAAUGAUGCACCGGAUUAUUACGGUGUUAUUAAAGAGCCAAUGGACCUUGCCACCAUGGAAGAAAGAAUACAAAAACGGUAUUAUGAAAAGCUGACAGAGUUCGUGGCAGAUAUGACCAAAAUUUUUGAUAACUGCCGUUACUACAAUCCCCGUGACACCCCUUUUUACCAGUGUGCAGAAGUUCUUGAAUCAUUUUUUGUACAGAAACUAAAAGGAUUCAAGGCCAGCAGGUCUCAUAACAACAAGCUGCAAUCUACAGCUCCUUAGAACUCAGCGUGUCUGUCACCUAAGCUAGACACAGCAAGUCUGGCGCUCUGAACUAUUUAAAUUAAAGCGCCAGGUGUUUUCAGUCAGGCUACCCUGACAAGACCGUAACCUCGUUCAUAUUGGUCACAACAGUCCAGUUGUAUUCUUGGCCAAUUUUGUCCAACGGACAAAGGAAAAGCAAAGUCAACGGCACCGUUGUCUUGUCGAGAGCAAAUGGCUUUACUAUUGUGGCAGAAGCAGGAAACUUUGUUUAUUGAAAAAAAAAAAAAGAAAAAGCAAGAAAAAAAAAGAUACUAUGGGGUCACGUGUAACUCCGUGGGAAUGCCACAUCUGCUCUUCAGUGAAGAAGCUGUUUAGAGUCUCACAGAAAACUUUUUGACUGUAUUUAUUUAUUGUUGCAAAAAAAAAGACGCUUUUUUAUUGCUGCCCUCAUUUGUCAGCUAAUUAUUUUUUCUUAUACAAAUCCAGCCCUGGUUCCGUGUAUCCACCCUGUAUCCUAUCAUGAUUCCUGUAGGUGACGUACAAGGCAACCUCUAGGUGUCUUUUCUUUCUAUGAAAGGAGCUGCUAUGUACACAUGUGCACACACAACUGGGAAUCAACAAUGAGUUUAUUGUUCACGGGAGACACAAGUGAAGCUUGCAGAAAGGUUGGGCUAAGUGGUCCUGGACUACAGACUUAGUUGCCUUGAAUACACCAGUACAAAUUGUCAUUUUCUCUGCACCAGGCUAAAUGAGGAAAAUCUCUAUUUGAAGGUAUCUUGUUUGUAAACAUUGUCAGAUUCUAAUUUUUUUCUUUUUGUAUUAAAAUUCAACUAUGGAUGUAUAUGAAUCGAAAUAAAUGGAGAUAAUUUUUCUCCCACAGAUGGAGGUCUCUUUGAAUGUGCGCUAUGAUUACCUGUAAGCCUUUGUGGGGGAUGGAGGGGGGGAGAGACCAGGAAUGACAGGCAGACCUUGAUUUCUCUAGAAUAGCAGAGGCCCUUCCUUUCCUAAGUCCCUUGUCACCACAUCAGAGAAAAUCUCCAGGGAGCCGGUCCCUUGCAUCCCUUGGUCAUCCCUGUAUUAACGGGAAUAUGACACAGUACAAGUUGCCUUCAUCCUCACCUUCCAAAACUGUAGGCAGAUUCCCGUGUGGGAUGAAGGGUGUUUGCUGGCCGGGUUCCUUCGGGUUUUGUUAGUUGCAGGGUAGAGGAUUGAGCAGACAGGCUUCCCCUGCAUCUUCCUCCUGCGGGUGCUCUCACCCUCCCUCCCCUUGGAGCUGCUUGCUGGGUUGUGAAAACCAGCCAGAAUUGGGUCAGGCUGCCGCCUCGCAGAUGUUUUCCUAGAUUUUGCACUAGUCCAUAUUAGCCUUGUCCUGCUGGGUUCUAGAAUCUACCUAGUCUUUGUUUUUUAAAAGCCGUCUCUGUGCAUUUGGUGUCGCCCUGCUAUGCAAAGCCUUCCCCAGCCCUUAGUUUCUUGAAAGGAAACUGUGGCAACAGUUGGCAAAUUCUUCCUUAUGACAGGCUCAGGUGUACAGGUUCUUCUGGGUCACGUGCUCUAUUGAAGCCAACUCCCCCUGUGCAUAAAAAUGUCACUUUAGCCUAUGCUUACAGCUAAAGAGACUUAACUGCUCAAUAUGGUAACAGUUUUUGCUUAAACUAUUAAGGUGGAAGUAGUUAAAUACAGGCUAUUUUGUCCUUUUAGUUUACAAAAAAAAGAAAAAAGAAAAAAAUGUUCCACGUUGUAAGCACUGUGCUGAUGCAAGAAUUCUACAUCCUAAUGAUACAAAGUGAUUCUGCAUCUCCCCACGUCCAGCAUCCCUGUACUAUCUAUUCAUAUAUCUAAGUAUAUAUGGGCUUAAUCACUUAAGCUUGUUGCAGCAAGAGCUUUCCUACCUGUAGGCAAUAGAUUGCUAUGUUUUUAACAAAUUGUAGCAAAUUCUAAAUAAUCCUUUUUGUACGUAAUAGGACAUUUCAUCCUAAAAAAAAAAAUAAAGUAAUGUUUUUGACAUUGGAUUCUGUGCAGUUUCUAAUGAAACAAUGACUGGUUGGGUCAAUGUUUGCUAUAUUUUCUGAAGCUGUUGGCAUUGCCAAGUUGUACAGAAAGGGGGGGGGUAUGGGUUGUGGAUUCCUGAGACCAGGAAGAUGUGAAUUUCUUAUUUGUGUACUUAAUGGUAUAAAGACUUUUGCAAUUUCUAUCACCAUAUAAAGACAUUUUAUAAUUUUAUCAGACUAUGGAGUUUUAGUCUUUCAAAAGGAAUUUUUGAAAAACGUACAUUAUUUCAAAAGCUGCUUUUCUACAAAUCUCAUUUGACAUACUUCUGCUACUUAAUAAAAGUGUUAAGCUUUGCUCCAGCAGACCGAGUGGGCUGAUGCGCAUUUGUGAUAUGGAUAGGGCUCAGGUUUUGUGCCUAGAAGUUGUAUUUCUUUGCUUUGAUAGAUUUCUUCGGCAAAAAGUAUUUUUUAGCAUUUCCUGUGCUCAUCUCCAAAUUCACAGUUUAAGACCAUUUCUUAAGAGAUAUUUUCAUAACAGCGGUAAGGCUUUUUUCUCCUGUGCAGAUUCUUCAGGGUUUGUAUUUACUGUCCUAUGCUAGGUCAAAGAAAUUGCGAUCUUUUGGAGAUGUUUUCUAUAGUAAAAAAUGACCUUUUUCUACUGGGGGUGGCCUGGAGUGCUGUGUGGGGCCCUCACAGUGUGCUGCUGUCUGUAACCUAAACUCAAGAUGUGCAAAUAAAACUUCUUUCCCUGUCUCCGUC